AUGUUUACUGCGUUCACACAAAUAUGUACAGGUAGCAUUCUCUCUAUCUCUCCCUCUCUCUCACACUUUCUCUCUCUGUCGCUCUCUCUCUCUCUCUCUCUCUCACACACACACUUUCUAGAAGAGAUGUUUGGAACAGUUCCGUUAAAUAGUCACCCUACGCCCCUUCAUCCAACAAGAUAUCUUCCCCUCCCUUUUGUCUUCAUUUUUACCCUUUCCUCUCAUUUACUGCUUCCCGCUAGCACAAUAAUUUUCUUUUCUUUCCUUCUUCGCUGUCUUUCAUUUUUUAAAUCAAUUUAUUUCCCGUGUUUUGUGCAUUUGAACUAUUCCUUUCGUUUCCCAUUCUCUCUCUCUCUCUCUCUUUUCUUUCUUUCUUUUCAUUCUUUAAAUCCAUUCUUCCUUUCGUUUUUCUCUCUCUCUCUCUCUCUUUUCUUUCUUUUUUUCUUUUCUUUCUUUCUUUUUAAAUCCGUUCUUCCUUUCGUUUCACCAUUCUCUCUCUCUCUCUCUCUCUUUCUUUAUUUCUUUCUUUUCUUUCUUCCUUUUCUUUCACCAUUCUCUCUCUCUCUCUCUCUCUCUCUUUCUAUCUUUUUUCUUUCUUUCUUUUUAAAUCCGUUCUUCCUUUUCGUUUCACCAUUCUCUCUCUCUCUUUUCUUUCUUUCUUUCUUUCAUUCUUUGGUUUCAACAUUCUCUCUUUUCUUUCUUUCUUUCAUUCUUUAA